AAUAAAUGGGAUUUACAGAUAAGUCAACCAAAGGAUCUAGAUAGAACGGAAGGUCGAACCUUGUCGUUUACGGAACAAAUUUAUAGUUUUCGUAUACCCACGCGCGGCGAGGCUUUGGAUGUUGUAGGCCUCGAUGAUAGAUCAUUGUUUGUGGUGACAACAAGUCCAGUUGUCUUACAUGCCAUCGAUCAAGAACAUCACAAAAUUUUGAGCAUAGAUUUAUAUGAAUAUUUCCCAUUGCAGAAAGACAGCGUCGAAGGGCAAUAUUAUAUGGUUUAUUCUGUGCAAAGUGAACAUAGAAUUAGGAUUCCAAAUACCCUCCAAAAGAUUGAUGUUCAAGGAUUACUAAAAACCAUCCCGGAGGAGGUCACGUAUAUUUCGCGCGAUGGGGUGGCUCAACAAAACGUGUCAUCCGCCAGAUUCUUGAGAAACAGGAAUGAUUCCAAUGCAGUAUCCAUAAUUUUGAAUUUACCAGAUGCACUGAUAAAUGAAGUUGGUGUCAUGCGUGAAAAGGUUGGUGGUGGAAGUGGCAACACGUCAAAUAAUAAUCAAUUGGACGUCAAGAUUCUUUCGUAUAUGAGAGAUUCGGGGGAUGAUAUGAGCAAUUUUCACAAAAACCUCAAAAGUGUUUCAUUAUUCUUGACGCGUUCCGGGCAACUAGCAACCAUUAUUCCGCUAGAGGAUGGUAGAAGUGAAGGGUACUUGGAAAUAUUCAAUCCUACUCAAAACACCUUAUGGCGAGUGACCAUACCAUUGGCUAUCUCCGCCUCUAACAGUGGCACAGGAAGGUUUGAUAGGGAUGUGGUUAUGCUACUGGAAUUGCCUAAUGGAGAUUUGCUAACUAUGGACAUUAGUGGUGUUGCCCGUGUGUGGCAGGUCGACGCUGGGCAACUAAUAAAGGCUGCAAAUACUUGGAAAAAGUUGGUUGGAAACAUAGAUCAACACACCUUGUCGAUUAUAUAUGAAGAUUCGGAGGGAAGAAUUAUCUCGCAAACUACGGAUGAUAUAGACAGUCAACGAAAAACGAUCGCCGAUGGAAGCGGUAGUGGUGAAGGUAUUGGAGGAGGUGAUGGUAAAGGUGAAGGCGCUGGAGGUGGCGAAGGUGCUGGAGAAGGUGGCGGAGAUUCAAUGAAUUUGGAUGGACGACAGCCAACUUUUAUCGAUGUUUCUAAUUUACAAAUUAGAUCUGAAGCCAAACCACCUCUAGAAUUAACAGAUGCUCAAAGAGAAUUUCAUCAAAUGAUGGUGAAAAAGAAACUUGAACAAGUUAACAUGACUCAAAAAGAUUCUGAGACGUAUCAGUCAUAUAUGAUCAAUGUGCAACGUGAAAUUCGUCAGUUACGCGUAAUCUUGGAAAGUAUUGAGGCUAAAAAUAAAGAGAGGGUAUGGCUCAAAAAUCAAAGUUCAGGAGACGUCGAUGACACAAAAUUGUAA